AUGUAUAACAGGCGCGAUCUAUUAGGUGACUUCGUGUCUCCUAAGCAGAUGAGGACGCCCUCACCACCGUCAUCAUCACAGUAUCAGGUUUUAGAAGAAAUAGGUAGGGGAUCUUUUGGAGCUGUACGCAAAGUCCUGCAUGUACCGACCAAAAAACUCAUGGUUAGAAAAGAAAUUAAGUAUGGACAUAUGAGCAGUAAGGAAAGGCAGCAACUUAUUUCAGAGUGUACGAUUUUAUCACAUUUGAAGCAUGAAAAUAUAGUCGAAUUUUGUAAUUGGGAUUUUGAGGAACAGCAUGAAAUACUUUAUCUUUAUAUGGAAUUUUGUUCUAGUGGUGACUUGAGCCAUAUGAUUAAGCAUUACAAGCAGGAAAAAAAAUAUAUCCCAGAGAAGAUAAUAUGGGGGAUAUUAGCGCAAAUCUUAUCCGCACUGUAUAAAUGUCAUUACGGUGAUGAGCUCUCUCCAUUGACCACCAUCUACGACAGAAUGAAACCUCCUGUAAAGAGAAAGAAUAUUGUCAUCCAUAGAGAUUUGAAACCGGGAAACAUCUUUCUAAGUGCUGACGAUAGUGGCACUUCAGCGGAUGAAAUACACAAUGUGGAUUACAGUCAAGUCGUAGUCAAAUUGGGGGAUUUUGGUUUAGCUAAGUCACUUGGUAAUAGCAUCCAAUUUGCAACGACUUAUGUGGGGACACCUUAUUAUAUGUCCCCAGAAGUUUUAAUGGACCAGCCAUAUUCACCUCUCAGUGAUAUCUGGUCGCUUGGCUGCGUAGUCUUUGAAAUGUGUUCAUUACAUCCACCAUUUCAAGCUAAAAAUUAUCUGGAAUUACAGAAUAGGAUAAAGUCAGGUAAAUUCGAUAGAAUUCCAGAAUAUUAUUCAAACGGGUUAAAUGCCAUUGUUCAUUCUAUGAUCGAUACCAAUUUAAAGACACGUCCGUCUACAUUUGAACUUUUGCAAGAUAUUCAAAUCCGGACCGCCAGAAAAUCCCUACAGUUAGAAAGAUUCGAAAGAAAUCUCUUAGAUUACGAAAAGGAGUUGGCCAACAUUGAGAAGAUUUUGGAGAAGCAAGCAACAGAUUACGAACGGGAAACUGCUCAUUUAAGGGAGCAAUUCGUGCAGGCUGUUGAAGAAAGAGCUCGUGAAGUACUAAGUGGUAAGAAGAUUGGCAAAGUUCCUGAUACCAUUUACGGGUAUUACGACAAGAGAGUUCCUAAACCUGCUUACCACUGGAGGACAAGAUACCGCUGA